AUGGUCUUCCUACCACACCCUAAAUUUGGUCAAUUGGGCACUGUUCCGGACCAUAUACCGAUCAGCGAGUUCAUGCUCAAUGAGCAGCACGGGCGCGUGGCACAUGAGAAAUCCAACGAUCCGUAUACAUGUGGAAUCACAGGGAAGACUUAUACGUCGCGACAGGUCGUUGACCGCGUGGACCAAAUUGCGAAAGGUCUAUCGAAGGAGUUUGGAUGGGAUCCCAACCAGGGCACGGAAUGGGAGAAGACUUUGGCUGUCUUCAGUCUGAACACGAUUGAUUCCUUGCCCCUUUUCUGGGCAACCCACCAGCUGGGUGGCCUAGUUUCACCGGCCAAUGCGGCAUACUCUGCUUCGGAGCUGAAGCAUCAAAUUUUGGAUUCAAAGGCUAAGGCCUUAUUUACUUGUGCGCCCCUCUUGCCAGUUGCUUUGGAAGCCGCAGCUUUGGCUGGUCUUCCACGAAGUAAGAUAUACCUGAUUGAUGUGCCGCUGGAGAUAUUGGCUGGAGCGAAGCCUCCGACCGACUACAAGACGGUAUCGCAGAUAGCCGAGGCGGGGAAGACGCUACCUGCGUUGAAGCCACUGAACUGGGGCCCAGGGGAAGGAGCUCGACGAACGGCAUUUUUGUGCUAUUCGAGUGGCACUUCUGGUCUUCCUAAAGGAGUCAUGAUUUCGCAUCGCAAUGUUAUCGCCAACGUACUGCAAGCCAAAGUGUUUGAGAGUAGCUACAGAGAUGCUCGCUCGCGCGCCACCGGCAUAUCUCCAUUCACGGAAGUCGGGCUUGGUCUGCUGCCACAAAGCCACAUUUAUGCUCUUGUGGUCAUAAAUCAUGCCAGUGCCUACCGUGGUGAUCAAACUAUCAUCCUUCCCAAAUUCGAGUUGAAGUCCUACCUGGCUUCUAUCCAGAACUUUAAGAUCACGUCGCUUUUCCUGGUCCCUCCAAUUAUUAUCAACAUGCUUCGGAGCCACGACGUGUGUUCUAAGUAUGAUCUGAGCUCGGUUAGGACUUUAUUUACCGGCGCAGCACCUUUGGGAAUGGAAACAGCCGCCGAUUUUCAAAAGCUGUACCCAGAUGUGAUUAUUCGACAAGGAUAUGGACUGACAGAAACAUGCACGGUCGUCUGCUCCACCCAUCCGGAUGAUGUGGUGCUCGGCUCCUCGGGUUGUUUAUUCCCUGGUUUCGAGGCCCGCAUUGUGUCCUCCGAGGGCCAUGAGAUCACCAGCUACGACACCCCCGGCGAAUUGGUAGUCCGAUCACCUAGCGUUGUGCUCGGCUACCUGAACAACGAGAAGGCCACCAAGGAGACAUUCGAGGAUGGAUGGAUGCGGACUGGUGAUGAGGCUGUUGUCCGUGUCGGUCCGAAAGGCACCGAACAUGUCUUCAUUGUCGAUCGCAUUAAGGAGUUGAUUAAGGUCAAGGGCUUGCAAGUUGCACCAGCUGAACUGGAAGCUCAUCUUCUCACCCACCCUGAUGUCGCGGACUGCGCUGUUAUUGCUAUCCCAGAUGACAUGGCCGGAGAAGUCCCGAAGGCCAUUGUGGUCAAGACACCUUCAGCUGGUCCCAAUGAGGCAGUUGCUCAGUCUAUCAAGAAGCAUGUUGAGGAUCAUAAAGCUCGCCACAAAUGGCUAAAGGGUGGUGUCAGAUUUGUGGAUGCUGUCCCCAAAAGCCCGAGCGGCAAGAUCCUGCGACGACUGCUUCGCGACCAAGAGAAGGAGGCUCGGAGGAAGGCCGGCGUUAGACUGUGA